AUGGAUCACAAGGAGCAGGAAGGAAAACACAAACCAAUUAAUAUUUCAAAAGCAUUCCAAUCAUUUAAAGAAACGUCUAAAAAAUUGGAGGAAGCUGCUUAUAAAUGUGAAAACCAAUUGCAAGAUGGGUUAAAGGCUGUUAUUGAAUAUGCUACGAACUUAGAAAAAAGUAAAGAUACAAGUUUGAGAGAUAUUGAUAAUCAUGUGCAAGUAAUGGUCAAGAAAAUGAAGGAGAAUGGAGACAAAAUGAAAAAUGAGGUAGAGACAAUCUAUAAAGAGAAAAAGAAGGCAGUUGAUGUACAAAUUAGUGAAUUGAAGACAACAAUAUCUGAUUUAAAUAAAAAAAAUAGUUUGCUUAAUCAGUUAUUGAAGAGUGAUGAAGCAACAGCCCUGCAAUCAAGUGAAACAGUAAUUACAGCAAUGAAUGACAGAAUAAGAAAACUGCCAAAAACAAAGCCAAGUGCUAACACACAAAUUAAAUUUCAAAUAAAUGAGCCUCAAAUUGCUUCAUUACAACAAUGCAAUAAUAUUAUUGGAAAUGUUACACUAUUUGUGAGGGCAGCAGACUGUUUACAGUUACAAGGAAUGGAAUCUGUAACCCAAGAUCAAACAAUUGUUGUCAAAAUAAUAAAAACAGAUGAAUGUGAAAUACAGGCAAAUCAACUGAAGGCAAUAUGGACACAGCCUACAGGAGAAACCUCCAACACUCAAGUUGAUGAAGAUGACAAUGGAGAUUAUUUUGUGACAGUUAAAUGUACAAGUCCAGGUAUUUGCAAACUAGAUGUGACUGCUGAUUGUGAACAAAUUAAGCAGUCACCGGUGACAAUCAAUGUAGAGAAGGAAGGAAUAGUAAAUACCAUUAAAAUAAACACAUAUUAUGUUAAAGAUAUAGUUAAGUGUGAAGAUGAUUGCUUACUAGUUUCAUGUCAAACAAAUAAAAUGCUGAAGUACAAGCAAUCAGGAGAAUGUAUUGGUAUUGUUACACUACCAGAAGAUGUGGACGUUUACAAUAUGUACAAAAUGAAAAAUGGUAACAUAGCAUUCAAUAACAGGGGAAACAAAUGCAUCACAAUAUGUAAUAUGAAUAGCCAAGUGAUUAAAUUCAUUAAUAAGGUGGAAUUGGACAAACCAUUUGGUAUUCAUGUGGAUGAGGCAUCAAAUAUUGUGUAUGUAGGACUUAGGUCAAAUGUGUUGCUAUUCAACAUUGACAGCGGACAGAAGAUCAGGAGCAUAGGGACUAAUGGCGAUCAAGAAGGCCAAAUCAAAGGAGUUAGUGAUUUUUCUCUUACUAAUCAAAGAAAUAUUAUUAUAUUGGAUUUUCACAACAACAGAGUACAAUUAUUUGAUAAUGAGGGACGGUUCAUGAAAGUCCUUGUCAAAGCAGGUGAUGAAAAUGGGAAGGUAAUGGAACCACAUGGAGUAGUAGUUGAUCAGGAUGACAACAUUAUUAUAUCAAGUGACCACAAAAUACAGCUGUUCAGUAGUGAUGGAAAUUUCAUUAAAAGAAUUGAUAAACAAGAAGAUGGAAUUGAAACUCCACAUGGAUUAUCAGUCAUUUCAUAUUACCCACGAAGAGUUGCAGUAGCAAACCGAGGUGACAAAACAAUAAAAAUAUUUAAUUAUUAA